CGGCCCUUGGGCGCUCCCUGGGGGCGGUGCCCGGCCGGGCCCGGCCGAGCCGAGCCGACCGCGACACAGGGAAGCGCGGCCGAGCCGAGCGGGGUCCGAGCCGAGCGGCACCAUGCUGGGCAUGAUAAAGAACUCCCUGCUGAGCACGGUGGAGGCAUGGCCCUACCGGGUGCUGAGCAAGGGGGAGAAGGAGCAGCUCAGCUACGAGGAGAGGGAGUGCGAGGGCGGCCGGUUUGCGGCGGUGGAGGUGGUGGGGAAGCCGUUCGAUGAAGCUUCGAAGGAAGGGGCAGUCAAGCUCCUCAAGUACGUCGGAGGAAGCAAUGACAAGGGGGCUGGAAUGGGCAUGACUGCUCCUGUCUCCAUCACUGUUUUUCCUGCUGAAGAUGGCUCCUUUCAGCAGAAAGUGAAGGUCUCUCUGCGGAUCCCGAGCCAAUUCCAAGACAAUCCUCCUUGUCCUAGCGAUGAAAGCAUUAAGAUUGAAGAGAGACAGGGGAUGACCAUUUAUUCCACGCAGUUUGGUGGCUAUGCCAAAGAGGUGGAUUACGUGAGCUAUGCUGCCAAGCUGAGGUCUGCUCUGGGGAGCGAAGCUGCGUACCGCAAAGAUUUCUACUUGUGCAAUGGUUACGAUCCCCCCAUGAAGCCUUACGGGCGGCGCAAUGAGGUCUGGUUUGUGAAAGAGUGAGCAUCUGGCUUCCCAUGGUGCUGGCCUGCACUGAUAACUCCCCCACCCUGUGUUCUUGUCCUCUUCAAAAUAAACUAAUAAUUUGGCAGAGGCCAAAGCAUUCCGUUCCUCCACAACUUGGUAUCUUAUGGACCAACGUUUAUGAGGAACGCUGCAGAGCCUCCUGACAGUCCAGCUCCUUUGUUUCAGACUAGGUCCUCAAUCACACAGACUUUCAUGAUGUCUCCAUAGCUUGCUUUUAUCCCCCUCAUGCUCACAGGGUUCAAUGCUGAGACAGUCAAAAUACUUAAUUAGCAAGAUUGGUGCCUGACAGGAGUGGCAUCCAAGUGUUGGCAGAUCAUUAGUCUCACCUGAGGCAGACAAGGGACCAUGACAAAACUGCAUACAGGGAUGUUUUUUAGCUUCUUGAGCUUGCUGCAGCUGUAAAAUGCUGCUUUUAUCUGUGCCAUUCCAAAUGCAAUUUAAGGGGACCAUGGGCAUUGCUACCAACACAGCACAGUGAAAAUAGACAUCCUUUACAUUGACUCACAGUGUGUAGGAGAGCAAUGCUUCUGUCAGCUGGCUGAGAAAUGUCACUUACAGGAAAAUCCAGGUUUCUGUUUGCAGCUCUGCUUCUGUUUGAGGCGAGACAUUUUGGAGUGUGCUGUGUCCUGAUCUCAGCUAGCAGCUGGACCCCAAGAUAAUUUCCUUCCUGUUUCUUGUGUGUAGCUUUUCUUUAAAGCUAGCUUACACAA